AUGAGCUUGGAGUGCGGGAGUGGCUGGGAGACAGGGACGGACGGGAGGUUGGUGGACACCCUGAGGGGCAGGAUGGUUAUGGACGAAAGCCAGUGGGUCCCUGAGCGCGAAGGCACCGUCUCCACCAAGCUCCUGCAGAAGGCGGGUGCGGCCCCGUUCGUGCCUGUUGGCAUCGGGGGCUUUGCCAUGGUGGCCGCUUAUGGCCUCUACAGACUGAAGGCCAGAGGAAAGAUGAAGAUGUCUGUGCACCUGAUCCACACCCGCAUGGCUGCCCAAGCCUGCGUGGUUGGCGCCAUCACACUGGGUGCAACCUACACUAUGUACAAAGACUACCUGCUGAAACCGGCUGCAGACAGAGCCCAGAAAUAG